AAAAAUAGUAAAAGGCAAGAUACAGGAAACAAAAAGCACAUUAUUAAAAUAGGCUUUACGGAACGAAAAGGCAGAGAAAUGAUGAGACAGAGAGCGCUAAUUUUAAAGAGAGACGCAUACAAACUACGCCAUAUAAUCUUUCCACUAUGAAUCAUGACACACCAUGUUAUCCCUUCUACAUCCACCAUGGAUUGUAGACGAACGAGAUUCGAGAUGAGAAAAUUUCGAUCCUCCCCGUAAUUCGCAUUACUGGAUCCCACUGGAUCCUUCCCGAUCACUCGUGUGAAACUAGUGUGCAGCUUUGAUUCUCAGGAAUCUGCAUUGAUGGAUGAUGAAACGUAUAAGGAUAUAGAGAAGACUUUCGGAGGUACAUUGCCGCUACCAGAAGAUAUGAACGCAUUUGAUGCAGAAGACAAAUAUGAUAUACUACUUACCGAGUCCAUGUAUAUCCCUCCGGAAAAGAGAUUAAAAAGUCAAACAGAAGAAGAUGACGAUAUUUAUUAUUCACGUGGGUACGCCAAUUAUUUAGGCCCUCAAUUAAAUUUCCAGUAUACCUUGGCAGAGAAUGGUGGACAGGAUUGGUCGUACUCUCAAAAAUCGAAAAGAGUAUUUCUAAAAAUGGAAAAGACACUGCCUUUACGAUUUACAUGGGAACCAGCUGCAUCCGGUUUAUUUUUGCGUACAAAAUUAGUUUUUGUAUUAGAGCAAUAUAAAAACGAUCCAGUAAGACGAUGCCCUAAUCAUAUAGCAUCAACCAAUUAUAUUAAUCAAUCAAUAGAUCCGGAAAGAAUUAAACAUGUAGUCCAUUGUGUUAAUCAUGCCGCGAGUAUCUACGAAGAAGAAAAUGAACAUCUUUCUAUCUUAACACCGCUUUGUACACCCGAACCUGGCUCACAAUAUUUUCCAAUGUGUUUUAAAUUUUUUUGCAAAAAUAGUUGUACAUCCGGUAUGAAUCGUAGGGAUACUGAGCUAGAAUUCACUUUAGAAGAUAAAAGAAAGCAAGUUUUAGCUCGCCAAACAUUGGGAAUUAAAAUAUGUAGUUGUCCCAAACGCGAUAAACAAAAAAGCGAGACAGAUCUGGAACGAUCAAUAUCUGUCAAACGAGAAUUUGUUUUAACAUCGGGAAAAAAGUUACCGUCUUAUGACACGCACGUUUAUAAAGUCGAAUUAAAUAUCGUCGGCAAAGAAAAUUAUUUAUCAGUUUAUAAACAUGCAUAUGAUAUUAUGGCCGGUCAAGCAGCGAGAACUGGUCAGCAUGAAUGUUUUAAACCGUAUAUGGAUGAAAUAUCAUGCAAAGUGCCUUUAAAUCAUUAAUAAUUUCAAAUUUCAAAUCCCGCUUUUGCACGACAGUUUUCGUUUAAUAAAA